AUGACGGAUUGCGAGGAGCCGCCACUGCGCCAGCGUCCGCAGCCCCCACGCCGCCCGCGCGGCCGUGGGAGGCUGGCCACCAGAGCCCGCCGGCACAGCCCGCCGACUGCACCGCGCCCAUCGGCCGGGGCCGCCGCCCCGGGGAGCCAAGGCCCUCCAACAGAGGAGGCGCCAGAUCGCCACCACCUACAACCCCCGCCGAGACCCGCCACCACGCCGCCGGAUGGGCCGCGCACGCCCGGGCCACCGCCGGUUCCCGCCGAGAUCCGCCGCCCCAGUCCCAACGGGAGCCGCGAGGAAUCGCCCCGCCGCCGCCGUCAGCCGCACGAGCUUCGCCCGGCGGCUUCCUCCGGCGGCGGCGCGGGGCUAGGGGGGCCACUAUACUACAAGGGAUGGUACCACUUGUUUUACCAGUACAACCCCAAAGGUGCCGAUUGGGUGAAUACACUUUGGGCUCACUCGGUUUCACGCGACCUCAUCAACUGGAAUGUUCUUGGUUUAGCCCUCGAGUCAAGCAUCCGAUCUGACCACUAUGGCGUUUGGUCCGGCUCCGCAACAAUCCUCCUUGAUGGCACACCAGUGUUGGUGUACACAGGGAUCAACAGGGCAGACACUCCCUACCAGGUGCAGAACGUUGCCAUCCCCAAGAACAAGUCGGACCCACUACUUAGGGAGUGGGUCAAACCAGACUACACUCCGAUCAUAGUGCCAGAUUCGGGCAUGAACGUGACACAAUUUCGUGACCCGAGCACGGCUUGGCACAUAGAUGGCCAAUGGCGCAUACUCGUAGGUGGAGAGAAGGGCUCCCAGGGUCAGGCAUAUGUGUAUUGGAGCACCGACUUCAAGCAUUGGGUUCGAGCCAAGCACCCACUUCACUCCGCAAUCAACGGUAUGUGGGAGUGCCUCGACUUCUUUCCGGUGCUCGUGCAAGGGAAGAAAGGUCUCGACACAUCCGAGCAUAGUGGCAGAGUCAAGUAUGUGCUCAAGAGUAGCCUCGAGAAGGCUCGGUAUGACUACUACACCAUCGGAACCUAUAAUAAUAGGACUGAGCGUUAUGUGCCCGAUGAUCUAAAUGGUGACUACCACCGCCUCCGCUACGACUAUGGGAAAUUCUAUGCGUCCAAGACAUUCUUCGACCCCGCAAAGCAGAGACGGGUCCUUGUAGGAUGGGCCAAUGAGUCAGACACCGUUCCAGACGACAUCGCCAAGGGUUGGUCCGGCAUUCAUGCAAUCCCAAGGAAGAUAUGGCUUGACCCCGGUGGCAAGCAGCUCGUGCAGUGGCCCAUUGAGGAGGUCGAGCAGCUGAGGCGUAAGUCUGUUGGUGUGACAAACAAGGUCGUGAAGCCUAGGAAUCAUUUUGAGGUUAAAGGCCUGGAGACUUACCAGGCUGAUGUGGAGGUGAGUUUCGAGAUACCAAGCCUGGAAAGGGCCGAGCCGUUCGAUCAUGCAUUCUCGAACGAUGCUCAGAAGCUGUGUAGAAUGAAGGGUGCGGAUAAGAAGGGCGGAGUAGGUCCCUUUGGUUUGUGGGUGCUAGCAUCUGCCAACUUGGAGGAGAAGACCGCGGUUUUCUUCAGGAUUUUCAGGGAUGGUCAUGGCAAGCCAGUGGUCCUGAUGUGCACUGACCCUACCAAGUCAUCUCUCGGUCGUGAUCUUGACAAGCCAACUUAUGCCGGGUUUGUCAACGUCAAUGUUUCAUCAUCCGGCGAGAUCUCUUUGAGAAGCUUGAUUGAUCAUUCAGUCGUUGAGAGCUUUGGUGCUGGAGGCAGGACCUGCAUCAUAUCAAGGGUGUACCCAUCCAUCGCCAUAGGGCAAAACGCUCAUCUUUACGUCUUCAACAAUGGAGAUGUGGAUGUCAAGGUGUCGCGCCUCAAGGCCUGGGAAAUGCAGAGUUCCAAGAUGAUUAAUAGUGCUUAAGUUUUGUUUCUUGCCACUUUCAUACAUGUAUUCCAAAUGAUUUUUUAAUCAUUUUGAUGUGUUAAUAAAAUGGCAGUCGUCCAAAAUAAGAACGACAAAUCAUGGUUAUUGUACAAUUAACAAAUAGAGUUGCGCA